CGAGAAAGAGAGUGUUUUUCAUAUGCCCAUCAGGUUCUCGACCAAAUGCUUGAACGAACUUUUUUUACCUGCAUAUUCAAAACAGGGUGAAAUGAGUUUAGCACGCCAUGUGUUCGACAAAAUGCCUAACCCAAAUGAUGUUUCAUUAACUGCUAUGAUCUCUGGUUAUAUUGAGACAGGUCGUUAUGCAAGUGCUGUUAAUUUGUUCUUGCAAAUGAUUUGGAAUGGAUCUCGGCCUUCUGAUUAUACAAUAUCCAAAGUACUUGCUUCUUGUGCUGCUAAUGAAGCUUUGACCAUUGGUAGGAAGAUUCAUACAAUGGUUGUUAAACUUGGCCUUAGUGGCACCGCCAUUGUUGCAGGUUCCCUUCUCAACAUGUAUUCGAAAUCCGGUGAUCCAAACACUGCAAGCAUUGUUUUCGAAAGAACUGCGGUAAAGAAUGUAUCGACUAUGAACUCAAUGUUAUGGCUGCACAUGAAAACUGGACGGCCAGAUCUUGCUUUGGCUUUGUUUGAGCAGAUGAACGAAAGAGACUUAGUUUCUUGGAACUCAAUGGUUUCUGGCUACAAUCAAUUGGGAUUUGGUGUGGAAUCGUUGAAGAUGUUCUCGAGAAUGCUUGAAGAGACAUCGUUAACUCCUAGUAAGUUUACCCUUUCGAGCUCUUUAUCCUCUUGUGCUAAUCUUGGCGAGUUGAAUCUUGGGAAGCAAGUACAUUGUUAUAUUAUUAGAAACGGAUUUGAAAUCAAUGGACCUAUAGGAAGUGCCUUGAUCUUCGUGUACUCCAAAUCUGAUGCGAUUACUAUGGCUAGAAAGGUUUCUGACCAAAGCGGGAUAUCUAAUCUCAACGUGAUCGCAUUCACAGCUCUCCUCGACGGGUAUAUCAAGAUCGGAGACACAAACUCUGCCCGAGAAAUAUUUGACUCGCUGAGUAGCCACGAUGUCGUCUCGUGGACCGCCAUGAUAGCGGGGUACGAGCAAAACGGGUUAAAUUCCUUCGCGAUUGAUUUGUUUAGGAAAAUGGUGAAAGAUGGGCCAAUGAUGAACGGAUACACGUUGUCGGCUGUCUUGAAUGUGAGUGCCACAUUGGCGUCUUUGGCCCAUGGGAAACAAAUUCACGCUCGAGGAAUAAGAACAGGGGACUUGGCGUCGUCUUUUUUGAGAAAUUCUUUGAUCACUAUGUAUUCAAGAGCUGGGAGCAUUGACAGCGCGAAGCGUGUGUUCUAUUCAACGAACUCAAAUAGAGACGAGGUCUCGUGGACUUCGAUGAUCACGGGUCUAGCUCAGCACGGGCUUGGAGAGGAAACGGUGGAGUUGUUCGAGGAGAUGAUGAAAAUCGGAGUUCGACCUACCGACAUAACUUAUGUUGGGGUCCUAUCUGCGUGCUCGCAUGCGGGGUUCGUCGAAAAGGGUCGGUUUUACUACGAUAUGAUGAGAAAUGUGCAUGGAAUCGAACCAACUCUAUGCCAUUACGGUUGCAUGAUCGAUCUCUUUGGACGAAACGGAUUGCUACAAAGUGCAAAGGAUUUCUUAGAAGAGAUGCCAAUCGAACCGGAUGCAGUAGCUUGGGUAUCGCUUUUGAGCUCGUGUAGAAUUUUCAAGAACAUAGAGCUCGCGAAUUACGCGGCGGAGAGAUUGUUUCGGAUUGAACACAGUAAUAGUGGAGCCUAUUUGGCUCUUACAAAUGCAUAUGCGGCUUGUGGAAAAUUUGAAGAUGCAGCCAAGGUUAGGAAGUUGAUGAGGAGUAGACAUGUGAAGAAAGAAGAAGGGUUUAGUUGGAUUCAAGUGAAAGACAGGAAUCAUGUAUUUAGGGUUGACGACGAAAUGCACCCUCAAAAGGAUGAGAUUUUUAAGACAAUGUCGAUUAUAUGGGGUGAGAUCAAGAAAAUGGGGUUUAUACCCAAUGUUGAAGCAGUUCUACACGACGUUGACGAGGAGAUGAAAGAACAUAGCCUUCAACGUCAUAGUGAAAAAUUGGCGAUCGCGUUUGGGCUCAUUAGUACUCCGGAGAAUACUACACUAAGAAUUAUGAAGAAUUUGAGAGUUUGCGACGAUUGUCACUCGGCCAUCAAGUUUAUCGCUAAACUUGUUGAUCGAGAAAUCAUCGUAAGGGAUGAACGUCGGUUCCACCAUUUUAAAGGUGGCUCUUGUUCUUGCAAUGAUUUUUGGUAAAAUUAGAAUUGGAAUUUUUGUAUUGUUGUCCACUAUGUUGUUUUUUAAAGUCAUAAAAUUAAAGAUUAACUAUCACAUAAAAGUGUCAUGA